ACAGAAAAUUGUUUGGGAGACAGAGGCAGGUACAAAGAACAGCUUCAGUUACCAAGGUACACUGACCGGUCUGACAAACAAGCAUUUUGAAACUGAAUGAAGCAAAAAUCUCAAAACCCCAGAUCCCAAAUGGCACGGACCGGAUAGAAAACGAAAGGGCAUGCGCAUUUUGUUCAGUAGUGAAGAAUGGGGAAUCGACUCCUUCUGCUUCUCCUUCUUUCUAGCUUUGCAGCUUCAACAAUAAGAGCAGCUCAAAAUGGAAGGCCUGGAUUUCUCUUCACAAGAACCAGAGGAAGAUGCACUCCACAAUUCUGGAGCGGCGGGAGCGAGGCGUGGCCGAGGAUGGUCCCGCAGACAUCAACGGUGACCAAGGUGUUUGGAUCGAGGGCGAGUGAACGGUACAGAUCCGAUCUGACUUUGUUGGAAGCAACGGCGAGGAAUGACGAGGACAACGCUUUCCGUAGGCUGCUGAAGCAGGCAAGUGCGGCCCUGCUCAAUUCAUAUGCUAGAAAGGGAUUUCCUUACUCAGCUUGGGAGGUUAAGACUUUGGUUAUACAAGCUUUGGUCUCGCAGGAGGCUGCAGCUCUUCAAGCCAAAGGCUUCUCUGUUGCCAAUGAGGCUUGUAACUAGUGGAACAUGAUAGAUCAAUUCCGGCCUCAAACUGAGAAAGUCUUUAUAUGAGACCUACUUAUUUGAGCAAGUUUUGGACGACCCGCCCUGCCCUGCUACAACAAAUCGUUGGGAAUCCGGUUCCACCGGGAUAAACCUGCUACUAUAUGUAUGUUUUAUAGCCAGGUGGAAGAAACUGAACUUUUUUGUUAAUAGUUGUUCUCAGCAUAUAUGCUUCAAACUUUGUUAUUGGUAAUGUCAUGAAAUGUCUUGCAUUGUUCCGUUUCUUUCUUA